AUGGAUCAACAGAAUAUAAAUCAACACAAUUCACUAAAUCAUUCACCUUAUUCACCUUUAUCAAUACAAUACCCAAUCAGUCCUUCAACAUCAACAUCAUCAUCAUCUUCAUCAUCCAAUUCAACAACUGCACCAUCAACAACAACAACAUCAACAUCAACCAAUUGGAAGAAAACAAGAUCAAGAAAUGGUUGUCUAAGUUGUAAAAAAUUAAAAAUCAAAUGUAAUGAAGGUAGACCAAUUUGUGAAUAUUGUAUUCAUACAAAUAGAAAAUGUGAGUAUCCACCACCAAAACAACCAUCAAAAAGGAAAUCAAGAAGGAAAUCAUCAACUAUAGAUAACAAUCAUAGGAAUUCAUCAAUUAUUAAAAUACCCAUUUUAAAAUCAUCUAAAAUUCAAACUAACCAAAUUAGCGCUGGCGCUAUUGAACCUAUAUCAAUAAUCCCAAAUAUAACAAAUUCAACAAUAUUACAAUUGAAUUCAAUAACUUCACAAUUAAAAAUAUCAAAUUAUGAAUUAAAACUAUUAAAAAUUUUCUUACAAUUUGGUCCUUCAUUUUUUUCAUCAGAUAAAGAUUUAAAAGCAAAAAAAUUUUGGUCUAAUGAAGUACCCAAUUUUUUCAAUUCUUCAAAAUUAAUACAAAAUUCCAUUUAUGCACUAAGUUCAAUAAGAUUACUAAAACUUGAAUCACAAAAUAAUAAUUUAAAUUACUUGGAAAAUUCAUUAAUUUAUCAAAAUGCUUUAAAAUUUCAAGAUCAAGCAUGUUUAAUCAUGAGUGAAAUAUUAGCACAACAUGAUCAAUUAUCAAAUGGGUAUACAUCAGCUGAAUUAGAUAAAACAGGUGAAGUACUAAUUGCUAAAACUAUAAUGGUUGCAGUUAAGGCCAUAUUCCCAUUUAAAAUUAAUCCACAAACCAAAAUAUCAAACUCUGGUUUAAUAAAAUUAAUAAAUUUCAUGACCAUAUCGAAUUUCUUUUUUGAUUUAAAUACUCACAAGAUCCUAAAUUCAAAAUAUUCAGAUUUAAUGUCAACACCUGAAUCCCUAAUACUUUCAUCAGAAUCAUUACAAUCAUUCCCAUUCAUCACAUAUUUAAGAUCAUAUAUCUUACAAAAACAUGAUUCAUUUGAUUUGAAAACAUUUACAUAUAAUGAUACAGUAUCAAUGUUUGAAUUAUGUGCAAAUAGAUCAAUUAUUUUAAAAUAUCCAAUACCUUUUUUCAGAACUAUUGUUAAAAUUUCCAAGAAUGAAGAAAUUUGGUCCCUUUUAAUAAAAGAAGAUCAUACAACAAUGAAAUUAAUUUUUUAUCUAAGUUCAAUUUGUUCCUGUUUGGGGUUUAAAUUGAUUACUGAUUUAAAUAUUUGGGAUGAAUUUAUUGAAAUUUAUAAAAAUUAUUGCCUUGAGAGGUUUAAUGGAUUUGAAGAUGAAUUUGAUCAAAAUGUUUAUGAAUUUGUUAAGGCAAGACAAAAGAUGGAGAUUCCUUUUAGUUUAGAGAUUUUUAAAUUAAUUGGAUUACCUAUUAAUGAAGUUAUGAAGUAUAUGAAUAGAAAAGUUUAA